AUAAACUUAAAGAGAAAGAGAAAACUAAACAGGGUGAGGGAGCGAGAAAGAGAAAACUAAACAGGGUGAGGGAGCGAGAAAGAGAAAGAGAGGGAGAGAGAAAGCGAAACGUGAGUGAGAGAUUAGUCGCAGCGAACUGCAAGCCGAACUGAUCGCAUCGUAAAACAAUUCUUCCGAUGAUAUAGAUAACGUGGAAGCAUUAAAAAACAACAACAAACUAUUACUACUAAAUCAGCAAUCAACAGCUUCAUCAACAACUACACAGGAUUUACUACUACUACAACAAUAAUAUUUCAGUCGACUGGGUGUUGUUUGAAGCCAUGAGAUUUUACCUAGCAAACGUUACACAUUUAUGUAAACUCCUUACCUAGUGAACGUUUACAUAAAACUCCCCAACACAUUUGUUCAUGGUGUCCUCUUGUCUUCUUCCAAUAUAAUAAUCUGUUCACCUCUGUUGAUUGUGACUGGAUAGUAACUAACCAAGAUGACUAGUAUGGAUUAACAGCAAUUUCUUUAUUACAGAAUCAUCGAUAAUAUUACAUCGAUUACGCAGGGAAGGAAGAAACUAGUGAUCAGUUUUUUACCCCUCUGUUAUUUACUUUUUACCUGGAUAGUAUGCCUACUUUACAACGGUAAGUGGCUACCGGUUUUUUUCUUUUUCUCUCGUCUCCUCGCUCUCCUUCUUUUCUAUAUGAUCGGAAAGGAUUUUAGGCAUUAUUUUGAAAAGGAAUACACAUUAAAUACUCAAACAGUCCUUGACACGACUUAGAAAGGAGAAGAAAAGGCUUGAAAGAGAGAAUGGAAAAUAAGAAAUUCAAUGUUAACUACAUAAUAUUAACAAUGGUCAUGAGUUGUGCGUGUCUGUCGCAUUUUCGUGCUUGUGUGUUUUUUGUCGUUGUCAUGUCCAUGUUUGCUGUCAGCGGACUAGUCACUGCUGAGUUUGUUGCUGAUUCGCCCUAUACACUCAAUAUCUGCCAAAACAUCGCGGACAGUUCUAUGAACAUUGCCAGUCCAACGAAAACUUACAGGAUACCUAAUCCCAAUGGACUUCUAAUCUUUAACGCUAGUCUCGGACCUCACUGGUUCUAUGAAAUCGAUCCAACUCGCUACAGUUAUGAAGUCUUCGACUAUUUUUCAUUGGACUCUAGCACUGGUCAUUUAUACAUCAAAAGCCCCUUUAAUUGGUCAACAUUUUCCCAUGUUAUUAAACUAAUUGGUCCUUUGAAUUUGUAUAUAACAGCGCACACACACACCCUGCAUAAUCAUCGGAUGCCCAAUCACACUGUCAUGCCGCUAUCAGUGUAUGCCUAUGGUCCUGAUUGUCAUCAAAACCACAGGCGAAAAAGUAUGCCUCAUAAUGUUUUGCUACAGAACUAUCAAUUAAUUGUAAUUAAUAGUUACAAAGAUAGUUAUCCUAUCAUUUCAAAGGGAGAGCCUCUGGCUUGCUUGCUCAAAUUUUUACCCGAAUCCAUACACGAUAAACUUUGCAAUGUAAUAGUACAUAACAGCAAAGACUAUACUGUGAGUAGCAAAUAUUGCAUUAGAGCUAGAAAUGAAAUGCGUCCGUUUGACGGUAUUCUAACUAUUUAUGGUGAUAUACAAUUUGGUUGUGAUGAACAAGAAAAGAAGACCUCUUUUAAAAUUCUUCACUACACACAUAAAUUCUUAGAACCCUCCUUAGAGGAAAACACGCGAAGUCGUCGUCGCAGACGAGCGUCCCGGAAUCGUGCUCCACGUUUUUCUCAGGUAUAUUAUACUAAACGUGUUCAAGAAGACGAAUCCGCUGGUGUUAUUGUUGGGUUCAUUACGGCAACAGACCCAGAUACAGAAGACGCAGGAAUAAUAACCUAUACCCUAAUUGCUACCCAGGAUAAACGUAGCCAGUCUAUGUUUGCGAUCGACCCUACAUCUGGCAAAGUUACCACUGUGACAAUACUUGACCGCGAACUAAUUCCUAAACAUUAUUUCACUGUUAUUGCAACAGAUAAUGGUGUCCCACCUCAAAGUAGUUCUGUGUCGUUAAUUAUUACAGUAACUGAUGCCAAUGAUAAUGUUCCUGUUUUUGAAAAAAAAGUCUAUGUAGAAAGUGUUUCAGAAAGCAUUGAUAUUGAUUCUGUCAUUUUAUCUGUACGUGCUACAGACAGAGAUAUAGGAGACAAUGCAAAAAUCAAGUAUUCAAUUUUAAACCCCGAGAAACCUAAUGAUGCAUUUGCUAUUGGUCCAUACAAUGGUAUUAUUACUACUCGUAAGUAUCUUGAUCGGGAAGUAGUUAGUUUUUAUCGACUAAUAAUCCAAGCUACUGAUCAGGCUCCUGUGUCAGAAAGGAAAACUUCAACAGCAACAGUUGAAAUCACUAUAAGUGAUGACAACGAUAAUUAUCCUCAAUUCAGUCAACGAUCAUAUUCAACAGAAAUUCCUGAAGAUAUUGAUGUUAGCUCCAACCCCAUAAUCGUAAAUAUUUCUGCUAUAGAUAAAGACAAAGGCAAAAAUGCAGAAAUAUCAUACACUAUUUCAGGUGGUAACAGUCGGAAUGUUUUUCGUAUUAACCAUGCUACUGGAGAACUUAUUCUGCAAAAACCAUUAGACUUUGAAGAUACUAAACAAUACUCUCUCAAGAUCCGUGCUCAAGAUGGUGGAUCUCCACCCAAAACAAACAGUACAACAGUAAAUAUUCGUGUUACAGAUAUUAAUGACAAUGAUCCUGAAUUUUUUAAUAAUUACUUAGAACCUGUUACCGAAAAUAUUCCUGCAAAUACCAGUAUUCGACAAAUUCAAGCAUUUGAUCGGGAUUCUGGUUUGAAUGCUGAAUUAGUUUACAGAAUUGUGAAAGGACCAGCCUACUUACCUUUGACUAUAAAUCCUAAAAGUGGAUGGAUUCGAACUACUGCAGUAUUGGAUAGAGAGAAUUCUACAUCAUAUACAUUUAGUGUUGAAGCUAAAGAUUCUGGAAAACCACCCCGAUCAGCUGUUACAAAAGUAGAACUUAUCAUUCGAGAUGUUAAUGAUAAUGCCCCGAUUUUUAACCCUAAAGUUUACAAUGUCAGUGUAUCUGAAGAAGCUAAACAUGGACAUCAAGUUGUGGUUGUUACAGCCACUGACAAAGAUGAAGGACCAAAUGCUGAACUAAACUACCGCAUUACAAAGGGCAACAUUGAUGAUGCCUUCCGUAUAAUUUCAACUGAUGGAACCAUUUUGGUGGCCAAAACUCUUAACUAUCGUGAACACAGUCGGUAUACUUUGACAGUUACAGCAUCAGACCUUCUUGGAAAUAAAGAUGUUGCUGAAGUGUUUAUUCAGAUUAUUGAUACAAACAGAUUCCAACCGAAAUUUCAGAACACACCUUAUCGUAUAAGUGUUUCAGAAGAUGUACCUGUUGGAAAAACUAUCUUUAAUGUUUUUGCACUUGAUCAAGAUGUAGGAGAAAAUGCACGAAUAACUUACAGCAUCGAUCCUACUGAUGUUUUUGCAGUUAUUGCAAAUACUGGGGAUGUCUACACUCACAAAAAGCUUGACCGAGAGAAGCAGGCUGGUUAUACAGUCAGUGUUACAGCCAGUGAUCAAGGAAAGCCAUCUAAAAUGGACACCACAGAUUUGGUUAUUACUAUUGAGGAUGUAAAUGACAACAAACCAGAAUUUCAAGAAAUACGCUACUCAGGUUAUGUUUUGGAAAGUGCUGGAACUGGAACACGAGUACUUGAAAUUUCAGCCAGAGACAGAGAUGCUGGGCGUAAUGGUCAAAUUUACUAUACAUUUGAAAACGGCAAUGAUGGCAAUGGUGAUUUUCUCAUUGAUACUACCCAGGGUGCAAUUCGAACUAACAAGAAACUUGAUCGAGAACGUGUGUCCAAGUAUGAGCUAGUUGCCUAUGCUGUUGAUAGAGGAGCUAAUCCAACUUCCUCAUCAGUUGUAAUAGAUAUUGAUGUAGGAGAUGUUAAUGAUAAUAAACCACUAUUUGAAGCCGCUGAAAUCCGAGUGGAAAUUGCUGAAAAUAGCCCUAUAGGGUCAACUGUUGCAAAACUUAUGGCCCAUGAUCCUGAUGUUGGAGAAAAUGCAGAGAUUCAGUACGUGCUUAUGAAUGAGUACGAUCGUGAUGAUUUUGAGCUAAGUGGACGCCCUGGAUCAGCUGCUAUAAUUUUAUCUAAAGUUGAUCUUGAUUAUGAAUCAAGCAAAAAGUUUUAUAAGCUGCGCCUUCGUGCCAUCUCUGAACCUCUUUUUUCUGAUACUACUAUUAUUAUUGCUGUUACGGAUAUUAAUGAUAACAAACCCCAGCUACAAGAUUUCACUAUCAUCAUCAACAACCUUUUGAAUUAUUUUCCAACUGGUAUUAUCGGGAGAAUUCCUGCAUAUGAUCCAGAUGAAAUUAACCGUGACACUUUGACCUAUACAUUUGUGUCAGGUAAUGAAGGAAAUCUUUUAGAUCUAAAUUCUUCAACUGGAGAAAUUACCUUGGAUUCAAGACUUAACUCUGAUGUCUCUCGCAAUGGAACAUUAGAAGUUUCAGUUUCAGAUGGACUGAACGAAGCAAAAGCUAUUUGUCACCUCUAUGUGCGUUUAGUGACAGAUGAGAUUCUGAGGCACAGCAUAACAAUUCGACUAAACAACAUGACAUCUGAAGCAUUCUUGUCACCCCUCUAUAACUUCUUCAUCAAUGCUUUGGCCACUGUUCUACACACUGACGAGAAAAAUAUUCUUGUCAUCAAUGUGCAGGAUGACACUGAUGUGACAGCACAGAUCCUCAAUGUUAGUGUAACUGUGCAUUCUGGAAUGGCUGACGGAAAUGACAUCUACCUUACACCACAGUACUUGCAGGAGCAAAUUUACCUUCAAAGAACUCUUUUGGCCAAUUUAUCAGCACUACAGGUGAUGUCAUUUGAUGACAACUUGUGUGUGAUGGAACCAUGUAUUAACUUUGAAGUGUGUAUGACACGUCUCCUUAGUGGAAGUGCUGCACCGUUCAUCAAGUCUGAUUCAAUGCUUUUUCGACCAAUUCACUCUAACAAUGGAUACCAGUGCCGGUGUCCAAAGGGUUUUACAGGAAUGACAGUUGAUUUACUCUGUGAUGUUGAAGUAAAUUUCUGUUACUCAACACCUUGUCAACAGAAUGGAACAUGCAUUCCAAAAGAAGGAGGUUAUGUCUGCUUAUGUCCAGAAGGAUAUACAGGCAAAAAUUGUGAAAUGGAUCUGUUUCAAAAUUUUGGAAAGAAUUGUCCAAAGAAUAUAUGUAAACCCCCUUCUGUAUGUGAACCUCUUGAAGUUGGUGGCUUCUAUUGUAAAGGAUGCUCUGGUAUGGAUUAUCAUAACAAAUUCUGUGAAUUGACUACUCGCCGCUUCUUCAAAGGAUCUUAUCUGACUUUCCCAUCAAUAAAGCAACGGAAUCAUUUCAAGGUUCAGCUGAAUUUCACCACUUUGGAAAAGAAUGGUUUACUCUUCUACAACAGCCGAUUCAAUGACGAGCAUGAUUUCAUUGCUCUGGAGAUAGUAAAUAGCCAAGUGCAGUUUUCCUUCUCUCUUGGUGCUAACAAAACAUCCGUGAAGGCAGAAAUUGAUGGUGGUGUAAGUGAUGGCAAAUGGCAUGAAGUGACUGUGGAGUACCACAAUAGGACGGCGACCUUAUCUUUGGGUAGGGACUGCGAUUUAGGUGUGGCCAUCCACUACCGACAUCUUUUUGACAACUACAAAUGUGCUAAUCGAGUCACUAUGAUUCUGGAAGACAAAUGCGCCCGUAUGGCUGUAAUUUGUUAUCGGCUGUUAGAUUUAACAGGACCACUUCAGAUUGGAGGCCUUCCUCAUCUGCCUUCUUCAUUUCCAAUCAAAAAUAAAGAUUUUGUUGGUUGUAUCAAGGACUUUCAUAUUGACAAUGUUUUACUUGACUUAAACACAUCUGUUGCUGAAAAGGAUACCCAGCCUGGUUGCGAACCAAAGAAAGAUUUUUGCCUUUCAUCUCCCUGCAACCAUGGAGGAACUUGCUCUGAUUCAUGGGAUACCUUCCAUUGUGAAUGCUUACCAGGAACUGCUGGAAAAACAUGUGAAGACUUACUCGAUCAAUUCUAUCAGCUUGAAGGCGAUGGCUAUUUGGCUUUCGAUAACCCCAACCUGGAUCAGAUUGCAUUCCCCUGGUAUAAUGGUAUCUCUUUCCGGACUCGUGCAAAAGAUGCUGUUCUACUUAAUUUAAUUAUUGGUCAAGAAGAAGCUCUUCUCAUGUUGAAGGAUGGUUUUGUGACUUAUAAGUUUCAACACCAUAGCAUUGUAUACCAACACAAUCCAGUCGAUGAUGGUAAAUGGCAUUAUGUACAAACAAGCUGGUACCAAGAAGAACUUAGUAUUACUGUAGAUUAUAUCAAUGAUACUAUGGAAGUAGGAAAAAUUUCUUCUGAUAUACUGGGUAAAGAAAUAGCUCGAAUUUAUAUUGGUGCUCAUUCCAAAGACAGCACUACCUUUACAGACUAUUUUGUUGGAUGUAUUCGGAGUUUUCGUAUUGGCAACAAAUUAUCAAACUCAUUGUUGGCAAAUCCACGAGCACACCAAGCUCAUCAUGGGUGUAAAGUUGAUGAUCCAUGCCAACACGAUAACCCAUGUCGUCCAAACACCUGCAUAAAUGAGUGGGGACAAUAUCGUUGUCAGUGUUUGCCAGGUCGCAUUGGUUCCAAUUGCACUGAUGUCUGUGACAAUUUCAACCCUUGUCAAAACAUGGGUAUAUGCCAUCGUCCUACUGCUCACGAAACUACUUACUCUUGUGAAUGCGGUCAUUUGCAACUUGGUCGUUACUGUGAAAUAAGCUUACUUCAGCCUUGUCCAGCAUCUUGGUGGGGAUAUCCUAUUUGUGGACCAUGCAACUGUAACAAAAGAAUGGGAUUCAACCCAGUUUGUAACAAAUCCACAGGAGCCUGUUCAUGCAAAACUAACCACUAUAAACCAAAAAACGAAAACCAAUGUUUUCCUUGCAAUUGUUACCAUGUUGGAUCCAAAGGUUUUUUUUGUAACCCUGUCACUGGUCAGUGCAACUGUAAAAAAGGAGUGGUUGGUCGCAGAUGUGACAGCUGCCUGAGUCCCUUUGCAGAAGUGCAUGAAUCAGGUUGCCGAGUUGUUUAUGACGUGUGCCCUAGAAGUUAUGCCAAAGGCUUGUGGUGGGAUCGCACUUUUAUCAAUGAAGUUGCAGUUCAAGAUUGUCCAACAGGCGCAAUCGGUGAUGCUAAACGCAACUGUACCAAAUUACAAAGCUGGCUUGCUCCAGACCUUUUCAAUUGCACCAGCAAAGAAUUCGUGAAAAUACAAAACCAGAUUCAGCAAAUUGAAAGAGGUUCUCUGAAAAUCAACACCUAUGUAUCAAAAACAUUGAUGCUUCAGUUAGCAGAGUCAGCAGCAUCAGCAAAAAACCUCUAUGGAAAUGACAUCAGUAUUAUUCUAAGGACCAUAAACCAGAUCUUGUUUUAUGAAAAUAAGCAAGAAGGUUUAAGUUUGACAAGUGAACAAGAUCGUAAAUUUAUCAAGAACAUGUUGUCAGCUCUGAGUUACUCAUACAAUAGCAAAUACCGAACUGAAUGGAAUCGACUAAACAAAAACGGUGGAACUAUGGCACUGACUAUUCUCUUUGAGACCUAUCUCCAUACUCUUGCAACAAGCAUGUCCUUGUCUCAAUCUUGGCCUUUCCAAGUUAUUUCUGAAAAUAUUGUACUGGCUGUUGAUGUAAUCAAUUUACAAAACUUCACUGGUAUCCAAAUUCCUAAGUAUGACAAUAUUGUACCAAAUACUGCCAUGUUUGAUAAAGAUACCAACAUUCAGCUACCUCGUUCUCUCUUGAUAACGGGAAGGAAAUUGUUUGGCACAAUUCCACCUCAUAAGCAAAACCCAUCUGGUAAAGCUAUUGUAGGUUACAUGAUUUACCGAAGUCUAGGUGAUGUAAUGCCAGAAAACUAUGAUGAAACAGUGCGAAAAAUACCUGAUCGACCAAUGGCUAUCAGCACUCCUAUUAUUAGUCUCAUUCUACAGAACCAGCAACAUCAUGUUAAAGGUCACACAUCUGAACCAAUAAAUAUUACAUUUAAGCAGCUUGUUAACCAUAACAGAACAAGUCCUCAGUGUGUUUAUUGGCAACCAUUCAACCGUGGGUUAAAUGGAUAUUGGUCGAGGAAAGGAUGUGAGAUGACUGACCAUUUUCAGCUGAAUGAAGACACAUAUGUGGUCUGUUCCUGCUCACAUCUUAGUACCUAUGCUGUUCUCAUGGACAUGAGUAACAUUGAGUAUGUACCAACCAAUGCCAUUCAGUUGAAAGCAAUUACCUACAUUGGGCUCAUUAUAUCCAUGAUAUGUCUUUGCUUUGCCUUCCUUAUAUUUUUCCUCUUGAAAAACUUGAACACAAAUUGCAACACAAUUCGAAUCAAUUUCAUCAUAUCCAUAUUUCUCUCUGAGCUCUUCUUCCUUAUUGGUGUUGCUCGGACCAAACCUGAAAUACUCUGCCGCAUUGUUGCCAUCUUCCUUCAUUAUUUCUUCAUCAGUACAUUUGCUUGGUUGUUUGUGGAAAUACUUCAUAUCUACCGUAUGUUAACAGAAAUACGUGAUAUAAAUACUGGUUCAAUGAAGUUUUAUUAUCUUGUUGGUUUUGUUAUUCCUGGUAUUAUUGUUGGCUUAGCUGUAGGACUUUACACAGACCAAUAUGGAACAGCUGAAUUUUGCUGGUUAUCAACCAAAAAUAUGUUCAUAUGGAGCUUUGCUGGACCUAUUGUUGUAGUAUGGAUAAUUUCAGUACUUACCUGUAUAUUAGGGUGGCAAGCUAGCUGUCGAGAAAAAGUUCAUGUGUCUCAUGAAGAUCUAGGGAUGUUAAAAGAGAGUCUACUGGUUGCCUCCUUGCUGUUACCAAUGUGUGGUGCUAACUGGGUGUUUGCACUCCUCUCAGUUAAUCAGAACUAUGCUGCUUUCCACUACCUCUUUGCAAUUAUGAGCUGUUUUAUGGGAGUUUUCAUCUUUGUCUUCUACGUUAUAUGUAGUCGACCAGUACGGUUUGAAAUCAAACGAGUUUGGUAUAAAUUCAAAGGUAAAAAACUGGAAUUGGAUGAAGCACUCGGUGGUACUAGAAGUACUAUGCUAUCGAGAUCAGCACUUGCCUAUCGCAACGAUUCUUCGAUGGAUGGCGGUCUGAAUCGAAUGAACAUCGGUAUCUCAACGACCUCAACCACAUCUCGUUCAACAAGUAAGACCAGUAGUGGUGGCCUGUACAAGGGAGAUGAUUACAUGCGCAGCACAAACUCUUCCACUACGUCAGGCCAUGCUCCUUCUAUGUCCAUGCAUCCACCCAACACUGGCAUUCCUCCGUAUGAUUCCUAUCACUUACCACCACUACCACCACCACCACCAUCACUACCAUUACAUGACAACCACCACCCCGAUGAUCCAGAUACAGGUGAAAAGACAACCAAUUUAAAACCUGAUUCUGACUCAGACAGUGAUGAUUCUGAUGAGCAUGCUAGCCUGGAGCUGGCCUCCAGCCAUUCAUCAGAUGAUGAAGAUUUGGACGAUGACCCCAAAUGGGAAAUGCCUAAGAACAAGAAAGUUGAAGAAGCGAGAGAACAAGCUCGAAAAAUGAACAAAAAAGAGAAAGAGAAAUCCCCAGGUUCAUUUAAAGGUAUCAGCUCUGGUAUGCAGCAUCCAUCUUUUCCCCCUCUCCCACCAUUGCCUUCACUGAUGUCAACUCCAUCUCCACUGCAGCCUAGCCGCAUGGGCUCACCAAGCCUAGGUGCGCCAGGCAGCUUGUACAGUCUAAACCGGUCAAAGUUCACACAUCCCUCACCAAUGGGAUCGUCAUCACAUUACCAUCCUGGACAAGGUCCAAUUAUCUGCCCAACUGCCAACAUGGAUGAGUUGUGAGAUCAACCAGUACUUGGUUUGUUUUCCAUUCCUCAGCUGGAUGGCACAUUAGUGCGACACAGGAGUCUGUGUGUACAUCUGCUUGUGUAAGCAUGCACACUUAUGCCAGCUUCAACACAACCAUAUGUGCAUCUCGACUGCAGCUAAAGACAUCAGGGUGCUUUGAUAUUAAAAUUGAUUGUGAACUGAAUGUGGACUUGUCAAGGAAACCUACCAUUUACAGUGCCAUGUUUUAUUUGGGGAACAUUAACCACUGCCUACAUAUAAUGACCUGAAAAAAUAAACUGCAUUGGCAUGGCAACAUAAAUGCUCUGCAAUUCUCAUCAUACAUACUGCUGACUUUCAUCUGCAUAUUCCUCAAUGGCAGCAUUUCAUUUUCCAUUUCUUUGGCUAGAAAAUUCUUUCUAUUGGGUUUAUAAUCAUUAUUACUGUUUUUUGUUUUUUUUUUACAUUACCAUUCUAAUUCCAUCAUCAUCUUCAUCAUCAUCUUCAGCAUUGUCCUAAUUAACUAUAAUGCUUUCUAUUUUUUGCAAUAUUUUUUUUUUAUCAUAUACCAUAUGCCUUCUGACAAUAUCUGCCUUUGCGAUAACAUAUUUAUGCCUCUACAAUGUAAGCAUGUAGUCAUUUUGGAUCUUGAUAUGCAUAUUCAUGCAUGCAUUUAUUUUGAUUCUGCCUUUCAAUAUUCUGGCAAAUUUCAUCAUAACAUCUUUUCCUUGUAGGUGAUGUAAGCAUUCAUUAUUUUAUAGAAGAUAUCUCAUUAUUCUAAUUAAUUUAGAUUUAAUUUUUUUUUAAGUAGCUUAAAUAUAGUUUCCUUAAAUCUAUUGCCCGAUGAAAGGAGAAGGUAGAUUUCAUUUCUUUUCAGUGAUAAAUAAAUGAGAUUUAAAUGUGUGUUUUAGCAUUUCUUAAACAGAAUGAGUUUUGUGCAUGUAUACAAGAGAAUUAAAGAGCAAAGGCCCUUAGUUAUAUCUGCAUUAGUAAACACAAACAAAAUCCAUCUCUGCAGAGAAUCACAUAGAUACAUCACAACAAUUACAUGCAUAGAUAUAAAUGUAGAUUCAAAAUUAUUGCUGAUUUAAUCUGCAGACAUACAAAGAUGUUACCAUGAAGACAUAUAUUUCCAAGGGGGCUUAUGGUAUAGCAGCAUUUACAUGCUUUUACUUUAUCAAUUCUCUGUAAAUUUAAAGUUGACUUAUUGCUUUCAAAUCACACUGAGGUUAACUUUGCGUUUCACUAUUUUAGGGCUGUUAAAAUAAAGUACUAGUCAUAAUAUAAAUUAACUGUUCAUUCCCACUAAAGUGUGGCCUUGUGCUUAUGCAAGAAAUUCUUCUUAUAGUUGUUGUUGUUGUUAUUAUUAUUAUUAUUAUUAUUAUUAUUAUUAUUAUUAUUAUCAUUAUUAUCAUUAUUAUUAUUAUUAUUAUUAUUAUUAUUAUUAUUACAAAGGAUGUUGGAUGAAAUAGCAGAAUCAUUAGACUGUCAGGAAAAAAUACCUUUCAGUAUUUCUUCUGGAUCUUUACAUUCUGAGUUCAAAUCCUAUAGAGGUUAACUUUGCCUUUCUUCCCUCAAUGGUCAACAAAAUAAAUACCAGUCUAGUACUGCAAGUGACAGUAUCCACCAGCCCUACCCUAAAAAAUUGCAGACCUUGUUGUUGUUGUUGUUAUUAUUAUUAUUAUUAUUAUUAUUAUUAUUAUUAUUAUUAUGUAUGAUUUUAAAUGAAAGAAAAUGCAACUUUAACUACAAACUUAAAGGGACAUAUGCCUCACAAUAUUCUUUUGACUAGAAUUCAAAGUUUCAUAUAUAAUAAUACUAACUAUUUAUGGAGCCAAUCAUCUGCCUUCUGUUGCGCGCGUGUGUGUGUAUGUGUGUAGCGCUUGGAUACAUACAUCAAGAAAGGCUCACUCAAUAUAUGAAAUAGAGUUAAAUAUAAAUAAAAUUUUAUAAUCCAGUUAUAUAAUACUAUUAGAAUAAUGUUACAGGCUGUUUAUAGCAGCCCCUCACAGAUAUAGUCAAUGUUUGGCUGAAUAUGUUCUACUGAAUGAGUUCAUUCAAUACAACAGAUCCAACCAGACUCAUUCAAGGAGCUGUGAGAAAUUGUCAGCCACAUUGUUGUGACAAGUUUAUGUAACUGUCAGAUAAAAUUACACAUACACAUGAGCUUGUGUAUGCAUAUUAUAACUAGAAUUAUACCUGAUACAUUGUGGAAAAAGUUUAGAUGUGUUCAUUCAAUAAUAUAUUUACUAAGUGUGGCUAAAUGUAAUGUUAUGAAAUAAAUGUCUGUGAAUUUAUAUACAACUCACUUGUAGUAUGGUAGAUCAACAGUUGAUAAACGGAAAUAAAAUAUCUUCUUGUGCCUGAAAUAUAAAUAUAAACACAGAGAGAGACACACACACGCACACACAU